AUGACGAGGUACCAGAAUGGCCUUCCGUUGUCGCUACUGGGCCUGGACCAUGAGUGGAAGGUCGACCUGGCCUUCGAGUGGGUCAACGUACCCGGCAUCCGCUUUGCCUUGCGCUACGAGCAGCGCGACGUGUGGUCUGGCGAGCUCUUUCUCGAUGCACUUGACGCGCGCUUCCCGCUGCACUGGGCUCUCUUUACUGAACUAUUGGCCCUCGACGCGGCCGCCCCAAGUGUUCUCUCGUGCGCCGCCAAGUACGGCACGCGCGCAACCUUUAUAUCGCUGAGUGCGCUCGGCUUUUGCAGCGUACAGCCAAUCGACGGCGCCUGCCGCAACGGGCACAUGGACGUCCUUCGGUAUCUAUGCAACGAGUCGUGCUCGGUCAAAGGCUUUGACGACGCGGCGUCACACGGGCAUGUCGACGUCUUGCGCUUCAUGCAUGCCACGCACCGCGUCACCGGGUCUCCACGGGCGCUGCACCUCGCCGCGCAGCAUGGCCACGCAGACGUAGUCCUCUUCUUACUGACGCACCAGCAAUGGACCGCCCGCGACAUCGAGGUGAGCCUGCGCAAUGCUGCUAGCGAAGGCCACACCUCGAUUGUGGCCUGCUUGCUCGCACAAUACCCUCGUCCAGUGAACAUGCCAGCGGUGGACACGCGGUCCAUCGAGGUCUACGAACUGCUUGUCGCCCAAAGCGUACCGGCGGUGCUCGACGUGGAUGCUCUGGUUGCUGCUGGCAAUCUCGCACACGUACAAUAUGCCUACGCGCACAACCUUGGCACGUGCUCGGCGCACGCCAUGACCGCCGCAGCGCGCGUCUCGCUUCAAAUGGUGCAGCUCCUCGAUCGCAUGGGCGUUGCGUGUGCGCCAGCUGCGAUGGACGCGGCCGCCAAGGCUGGGGCGCUCGAGAUUCUGGAGUAUUUACACGCGCAGCGUGCCGAAGGGUGCACUGCAAGAGCGAUCGUCAACGCGGCCGCCAAGGGCCAUCUCGACGUCGUGCGAUAUCUGCUACCGCAUAGAAUGGACGAUGUUGGAUACGCGGAAGCGCUCGACAAGGCCGCAGCCAAAGGCCACUUGAACGUCGUGCAGUUUUUGCUGUCACAUCGAAGCAACGUGGGCACAGCCAACGCGCUCGACGGCGCCGCGCGCGGAGGCCACGAAGACGUGGUCGCCUAUCUCUUGGCGCAAGGACGUCCGUGCACGAGUGCAGCCUUGGACGGUGCAGCCGACGGCGGGCAUCUGGCAAUCGUCCAGCGACUGCACGCGGCGGGCGCGCUAGCGACGACAGCCGCGCUAGACCGUGCCAUCGUACGCGGCCACUUGGAGGUCGUCGCCUUUCUUUUGGCCCACCGAAGCGAGGGCUUCUCGACUCGUGCCAUCGCAUGGGCACGAAGCAAAGCGAUGCAGCGGCUACUGACAAGCAGCCACUUGUGUCCGUCACCACGGUAA